UGCUGCUGCGUCCCCCCGCCCCGCCUGCGUGUGUGUGUGUUGAUGAACUGGUGGGAGAGGAGGGUACCAGUGAGGCAGGGAAGGCAAGUGCAAGAGGCAGGGCGCUGAACAGGAUUCCGUGUAAAUACACAGCAGUCUGUAUCGCAGUCUGUCGCAGGAGACUGAAGACAGAGCAGCUUCGUGUUCCGCGUCACGGACUGAGGAGAGAAGACUGAAGGAAACCACAGAGGAAGAAAAGAACUAGCAGAGGAGGAGUGAGGGGAUUUGGGUUUUUCUGUUGUGAGUGUGCACGUGUCCUCAGACAGCGCGACAGAGCAGAGAGACGGGGUGUCGCUGUAUUCAGGGGCAGACCUUCGCAACACACAUCAAUGAUGGAGAGGAGGAGGAUGGACGCAGCCCUGCUGGUAGUGCUCUUAGUGCACCUCACCACUGCGCUGGAGGUCCCACUAGACCUUUUGGAAGGAUUGCCACAGCCACCGACUAUAACUCACCAGUCCCCCAAAGAUUACUUCAUCGACCCACGAGAGAACAUUAUAAUCCAUUGUGAGGCGAAGGGGAAGCCUCAUCCCAGUUUCUCCUGGACAAGAAAUGGGACCCACUUUGACAUCGACCAAGACCCCAGCGUCAGCAUGAGUCCACACUCUGGGACGCUGGACAUCAGCAGAGAGAAGGCUGAACAUUACGAGGGGGUGUACCAGUGCACAGCACGAAACAAACACGGAACCGCUGUUUCCAACAACAUAGUGGUGCGACAGUCCAGAUCCCCCUUGUGGUCAAAGGAGAAUAUCAAACCAAUCGUUGUCCAGGAAGGCGUGUCCUUGGUGCUGCCAUGUCGACCCCCUGCUGGCCUGCCUCCUCCCAUCAUCUUCUGGAUGGACAGCAACUUCCAGAGGCUGCCUCAGAGCAGUAGGGUGUCCCAGUCCUUGAACGGAGACCUUUACUUCUCUAAUGUACUCCGAGAGGAUUCAAGGAGCGACUACGUCUGCUAUGCUCGCUUCCCACACACACAAACCAUCCAGCAGAAACAACCCAUCACAGUCAAGGUCCUCAACCUGGAUGCAAUCAAUGACACAAUGGCAGCUUUAUACAAUGACACUGAUUUAUUUAGUGACGACCCAGCAGAUGAGAGGAAGCCAACCUUCCUCACUCCAUCUGGCCCCUCUAGCUCCAAGAUGGUGUUGAGAGGACAGGUGCUGGAGAUGGAGUGUAUUGCCGAAGGACUGCCCACCCCAGAAAUCUCCUGGACCAAAAUGAGCGGUGAUUUCCCAGCCAAACGCACAUCCUUCCUGCACUACCAGAAAACCCUGCGUAUUGUGAACGUGUCGGAAUCGGACGCAGGUGAUUAUCGCUGCACCGCCAGGAAUCGGUUUGGCUCGGUGCACCACACUAUCCAUGUCUCAGUCAAAGCUGCUCCAUAUUGGAUCAGUGGCACUCCUAGGAACCUUGUCCUUGCUCCAAGAGAGAACGGUGUACUGACCUGCAGGGCCAGUGGCAUACCCAAACCCUCCAUCAGCUGGUCUAUGAAUGGCAUCCCCAUAGCAAAUUGGCCAGCAGAACUGAGCAGAAAGGUGGAAGAUGAUACCAUUAUAUUCACCGAUGUGCAGUCUGGAUCCAGCGCUGUAUACCAGUGCAAUGUCUCCAAUGACUAUGGCUACCUCCUGUCCAACGCCUUUGUCAAUGUCCUCUCGGAGCCGCCCAGAGUGCUGACACCAGCCAACCAAGUCUACCAGGUCAUCAAAAAUCACCAGGCCCUGAUAGAUUGUGCGUCCUUUGGGUCGCCCAUCCCUAAAAUUACAUGGUUCAAAGACACCCGGUCCAGCACCCUGGAUGGAGACCCUUACAUCUUGCACAACAAUGGGACUUUAGAGAUUCCUGUAGCUCAAGCUCAAAAUAGCGGCAAAUACACCUGUGUGGCCCGAAACGACCUUGGUAUCUACGAGAAUCACGUCUACUUGGAAGUCAAAGAGCCCACCAGAAUCCUGACGCAUCCGAAGUAUAACGUGGUCCAGAGGGGCAGGUCUGUGGUGUUUGUGUUUCCCGAUGAUGAGAGAUUAGUAGUUGACUCUGACAGCCUCACCAUCACUGAUGUGACAGAGAACGACGCUGGUGUAUACACCUGCAUCAGGAACACCACUCUGGACCAUGAUUCAGCCAGCGCUAAGCUCACUGUUGUCGAGGCCACGCCAACACCAGCUGUUGUCUACGAAAAACCUGACCCCCCAACUGACCUGGAACUGACGGACCAGAAAAGGAGGAGUGUUCAGCUCACUUGGACCCCUGGGGAUGAGCAUAACAGUCCCAUUCAGAAAUUUCUGAUCCAGUAUGAAGACUUGCUGCACAAUAGAGGUCACUGGCAUAACCUUACUGAGGUCCCUGGAACCAAGACAACAGCUCACCUCAAACUGUCUCCUUACGUCCACUACAUCUUCAGAGUUUUGGCCCUCAAUGCUGUGGCUUUCAGUAGCCCCAGCGCCCCCUCCAGGAUGUACAAAACUGAACCUGCAGCUCCAGAUGAGAACCCAACAGAUGUAAAGGGAUUUGGAACAGAACAUAACAAUCUUGUAAUCUCGUGGAAGCCGCUAUCAGGCCUCCAGUCGAAUGGUCCAGGGCUUCACUACAGAGUAAUGUGGAGGCAGAAGGCGGUGGACAGUGAUUGGACCACAGUGAAUGUAGCCAACAACUCUGAGUUUGUUGUGUCUGGAAGCCCCACGUUUGUUCCAUAUGAGCUAAAAGUUCAGGCUGUGAACAAAUAUGGAGCUGGACCUGAGCCUGCCAUUGCCCUCGGCUACUCAGGAGAGGACUUGCCUCUAGCAGCUCCAGAAAAUGUUCAGGCCCUGGUGCUGAACAGCACUGUGGCAGAGGUGCGCUGGGAUCCUGUGCCUCAUAAAUUAAUACGGGGACAUCUCAAAGGAUAUAAGGUGUACUACUGGAGAGAGCGCAGCCUUCACAAACACAACCCCCAUCACAUGGAGAAGCAGAUCCUGUCCUUCAGUGGGAACCACAGCCAUGGCAUGCUGCCUGGUCUGCACCCCUUCAGCCUCUACUCAUUCAAUGUCAGAGUUUAUAAUGGCAAAGGAGAAGGUCCCGCUAGCCCUACCCAGCAGUUUGAGAUGCCUGAGGGAGUGCCUGGGCGUCCAACUUCCCUGUCAGUCACCAACCCAAACCUGGACUCUUUAACUCUUGAAUGGAGUCCUCCUCAUGACCGCAAUGGACGCAUCACUGGCUACACCCUCAGAUAUCAGCCAGUCAAUAACUCCAAUGAGCUGGGCCCAGUGGAGGAGCUGGCUCUGCCCGCCAAUGAGACCUCAGUCACUUUAUUCAACCUCAAGUACAGCACACGCUACAAGUUUUAUUUGAAUGCCAAAACAGUCAGGGGAGCAGGCCCCACCAUUUCUCAGGAAGCUGUCACCGUCAUGGAUGAAGCCCUAAUAUCACAGCUUGAUGUAGAUGUGGGUGCAGGUAAUUUACAGCCUGAGAGUCCUUUUGGGAACGUUAGCUCCUCAGUUGGAGAGGACGGGGCCCUGAUCAGUUGGGAGUACUGGGGCCCGGAGGGAAACGUAUAUGUAGAAUACAUAGCAGAAAACUGUGAAAGUGAAGAGGAAUGGCAGAAAGAGCUUGUGAACGGCUCUCGGAAUGUAAUGCUGAAGGGCUUAAAGGAGGGCCUCUCCUAUAGGGUGCGUUUGGUGGCCAAAGGUCACCAUGACCAGCCACUCCACCACUCCGAGGAGCUAUUGGUCACGGUCCCAGCUGUGGCGAGCAGACAGGUGGAUAUUGCCACUCAGGGAUGGUUCAUUGGCCUGAUGUGUGCCAUCGCUCUGCUCAUCCUGAUCCUCCUCAUUAUCUGCUUCAUCCAGAGGAAUAAAGGAGGGAAAUACCCUGUCAAAGAGAAGGAGGACGCACACACAGACCCAGAGUUCCAGCCCAUGAAAGAUGACGACUGUACUUUUGGGGAAUACAGUGACAAUGAGGACCAUAAACCGUUAAAAGGGAGCCGCACGCCAUCUAAUGGGACAGUUAAGAGAGAUGACAGCGACGACAGUUUAGUUGACUACGGAGAAGGAGGAGAUGGACAGUUCAAUGAAGACGGCUCAUUUAUCGGCCAGUAUAGCGGAAAGACUACCAGCAGGGACGUUGCUGAGGGCCACGAGAGCUCAGAGGCCCCGUCCCCUAUUAAUGCCAUGAACUCCUUGAACUCAUUUGUGUAACCAGUCAGUCCUCACAGACCGGUAUCAGAUGCUGCACUGACAGCUGGCUCCCCACAUCUCCCAGUGCUGCACGACUUUAUGAUGGCACAUCCAUCCCCAGUGCCACAUGUGAAAAACAGGCCACUCAUCAAAGACCAUGUUUUCAGUAGAAAUCUUUAUGGAGAGGCUUGGAAACCCAUCGCUCCUAAUGGCUUAAUCAGCAUUUAGUGAGAAAGAAGCUAAACCAGACAUUUGAUUUGAACAGUGCAUGAAAUAUCUGUUAUUACCUAAAUCCAUAUAUUAAUUAACACUUGGAUAUUAACAAGUUUAUCCUUCUUAACAUACCAGGAGUCUCUUACGGACUGUGCAGUGCUCAUCUGAACUAUAUUUGUUUUUGUUGUCAUUUUAUCUACUAUGUUUAAAUAGUCAUCAGUGGCUACAGUAAAUGACUAUUACUCCAGGUAUUUUUCCAACACAGAAACUUGUACAGGAAUCUGUAUUUAAUUAUGUAAAACAUUUAUGUAAUUUCAUCCUGCAUUUAGGUAACUUGUGUACAGUGUAAAUAUAUAAAGUGAAAUAUCAGUAAACGGAAUAUUGAGAGCAGCUUACACAGCAUGCUUGAGAUUGCUGCAUUGACACAUCCUCAUCUGUCACCACGUGGUUGACUAACCCAACUAUACCUAUGAAGGAGGAGAUUGAAAUGCUACAUGGCAAGUAAAGUGACCUCAUAACAUUUGCCCUGCAUGUGACCUGCUCUUACUGAGUUUCAUCUGAAGGUCACUGGGAAGCGCUGAGGGUAUGACAGCCUGCCUCAGUGCUUCAGCAGGUAGUGCCUUUUUCUUCAAAAUGGUGACUCAGUUCUGAGGUUCUUUUCUGUUGUUUAGUGACUAGAACAGACAGUAAUAGGACUGCAGAAUCACAUGUAAGGAUGGAUAGGCUUGAGCAGAGGACUCUGUAAUUCAUUCACUUUUGUCAUUUUUAAAGACUCCUCCCAUUGCCUUGAAACAUAGGGCUGGCUUUGAUUCCUCCAAGAAGUUAAACACAGUCACAUUGGAUCAGAACAAAACAUUGUUCAAACCAUUUCUUGUGCAUAAAUGUAUUUCAAUAGUGUCCAACUCUGUUUCUACAGGGCUGCAGCAUGGCAUACGAAUGUAUGGAUAUCUGUGUGUGUGUGUGUGUGUGUGUGUGCGCAUGUGCAGUACAUUAUUCAAUUCCUAUUUGGCAAAAAAAAUGGUCACAUGUAAUAACACUUGAGGGCCUUUGGACGGGAUCAAGAUUUUGUUUUCUUUUAACUUGCAUCAAGUUCUUUUUAAAGUCAUGUAGAAUACUUGUUGAAAUUGUAAAUACCUUAAGUGAUUGUACAGAGACAAGCAGCUUAUGAGGCAGCCUAAGAAGCAAUAUUGUGCAUGGUAUGGUUUAACUUGAUAGAACUGUAUUAAAUAUAGUCUAGUUGUAGAGAAUAUACUGUAUAUUCUUGUUGUGCCCAGUGUACAUUGUACUGCAACUAACUGGACAGAAAAGUUCAUAUACAUUUGAUUCUGAUUGUUUUCUGAUUUGCUUGUCAGUGAGUUAGAUCACUAACUUUGGUAUUGUGCAACAAUUUUAGGGUACAGUGACAAUAGUCAUGCACAGAAUUAUAAUAUUCUGAUUAGUGUUGGUUCCCUGCGUCCUCAUUAUACUGUCAAAAUGAUGUUCUUUUCUGGCAGUAUUGCAGAUGGUUUUGUAUUUAUGAAAGAGAUUUGUACUAACAGAUACUUUCUUGGUUUCUAUUUAAGUUCCUCCUUUUAGUGUAUGAAGUAUGAAAUUCAAGCUACUGGAAAUAUA